AUGGCGCUGAUCGGUUGCAGUGGGGCCAGCGGGGGAACUAUAAGACAGCAGCUCACGCCCUCAAAUUGGCAACACAAAAUGGAUUCAUUUGAGUACAACCCCAACCCUGGUCGCGUCAUUUUCGGCAGCGGUACACUGCAGAAACUCCCCGAUGAGAUCGCACGUCUGCAGCUGAAGGCACCCUUGGUGCUCUCCACGCCCCAGCAAGUAAGCCAGGCAGAGACCGUCAAGAAUGUGCUCCAAGGGCAGAUCGCUGGCAUCUUUUCCGAGGCUACUAUGCACACUCCCACCAAUGUCACCGACAAGGCUCUGGAAUAUGCACAUGCCCAGGGAGCCGACUCGGUAAUUUCUAUUGGAGGUGGAAGCACCAUUGGCCUCGGCAAGGCGAUCAGUAUUCGCACUGGAUUGCCGCAUAUUUGCAUCCCCACUACCUAUGCAGGCAGUGAGAUGACUCCAAUCCUGGGCGAAACUGCAGAUGGUCUGAAGAAGACUCGUUCUGAUCCCAAGAUCUUGCCUGGAACUGUUAUCUACGAUGUCGAUCUCACCAUGACUUUACCAGCGGCUAUGAGUGCCACUAGUGGUGUCAAUGCCAUUGCACACGCCGUCGAGGCUCUCUACGCGCGCAACACCAACCCAAUCAUCAACAUGAUGGCACUCGAGGGCACACGGGCGCUUGCAUCUUCGUUGCCUGAGAUCGUCGAGAAUCCAUCAUCUCGAUCUGCCCGGUCCAAGGCACUGUAUGGAGCUUGGCUCUGUGGAACGUGUUUGGGUAGCGUAGGCAUGUCCAUCCACCACAAAUUGUGCCACACGCUCGGUGGCAGCUUCAAUCUCCCCCACGCCGAAACGCACACUGCCGUGUUACCCCAUGCCAUCUCAUACAAUGCGCCAAACAUCCCUGAAACCAUGAAGCAAUUGGCCGACGUUCUGCCGGAUAGCAAUGGCGACGCCAUCCACGGCCUCAACGUCCUCUUGUCUAAACUCAAGGUCAAGCGCGGCGUGAAAGAUUUCGGAAUGGAGGAAGAGGAUGUAGACAAAGCUGCCGAUAUUGCGCUUUCCAAUGCUUACUGGAACCCUCGUCCUAUCGAGCGCGCGCCAAUUCGCGAAUUACUUCGCAGGGUCUGGGCGGGAGAGCCGGCGCGCGCGGACUUGUAG